AUGUUCCAGCUCUCGAUCCUCAAAGAUAAGAUUUCUGUUGCACCAGCCUCCUUUGGAAUACCUGCCGAACAGGCAAUUAUCAAAGAGCUGAACAAGAAAUACGCAAACCGUGUCAUUUUCGACUUGGGGCUUGCUAUAUGCGUGCAUGAUUUAAUCAAUGCAUCGGAAGGAGUUGUGCAUUAUGGGGAUGGCUGUUUUUGGUACAAAGUGACGUUUCGUUUGGUGGUUUUUCGACCCUUUUCAGGAGAGAUAUUGAUUGCAAAAGUUAAAUCCUCGUCUUCGGAAGGAAUACGAUUGACCCUUGGAUUCUUUGAUGAUAUGAUAAUACCACCAUCCUACUUGCCUUCCCCCUCUGCAUUUGACGCAGAAGAACAACAUUUCUUCUGGAACCCAACUGCCGAAGGGGUUUCUUCGCUCGAACUUCUUGACACGCCUGUAUCAGAACGCAAUUACAUCGAAACGGGGAAAUCAGACGAGUUUCAUGAUGACGAGCCUGGCCCACCGAAGAUGAUUGAUGGGGUGAUUAGUACAAAAGAGGGGAGGAGGGCGCCGUAUACGGUUAUCGGCUCUAUCGCAGAGCAAGGGUUGGGACUGUUGUCCUGGUGGGAGAAUGAUGAAGAAGAAGAGGGCGUCCCAGAUGGUGGGGCUAUCAUGGACCUGGAUGCAGCAUGA